AUGGCCAUGAUGGUGAAACAAGAUGGUAGCUUUAGUGAGAAAAGUGGUGACUUUCUUGUGGAGGAGAAGAUGGAUGGGGUGAAGAAGAAGAAAGUUACGGCUGGGAAAAGUUGGGGCUAUGGUGUUAAGGAGGUGAUGCUGAAUGGCAACCCCCAAAUGCCUUUUGAUCCGGGAAGGGGGUUGCGACAAGGUGACCCACUAUCAGCAUAUAUUGAGCAGAUGAUUAGCAGGUUCUAUUGGAGUGGUGAUGUUUCCCUGCGAAGUAUCCAUUGGCUCAAAUGGGAUACCUUGUGCAGAUCCAAAUAUGAUGGAAGGGCAAAGAAAGGCAGUUGUCCAAGCUAUGCAUGGACGAGGGAUGUGCCACUGAUUUACAGGGAGGAGCUAGCUCAGAGUGCUAAUCUGCAGCAGAUUUCUCAUUUGUUUCUCCCUUCAAUGCGAGCUUGGAAUCGGGACCUUGUGGAGUUGGUUUUUUGGCCACCUACAGCCAAAGCUAUUCUUCAAAUCCCUUUGCCAAGGCUAGCUUCUGAUGAUGAGUUGUAUUGGUCGUUUACUACUGAUGGGUUGUAUGUUACUAAAUCUGGGUAUGGUUUUAUAAGACAACGCAAGGUUGUUAGUGCUGCUUCUUCUUCAGGUGUGCCUCAGGUUCAUGUGAAGUUCUGGAAGUCUCUUUGGAAGGUGCCCGCUCUUCCUCGUUGCAUUGAGGUAGCUUGGCGCGCGGUCAAAGGGAUUUUACUCGUACGGAAGCUUCUUCAUGUGCGGGGUGUUGAUGUUGAAGAGGUGUGUCCACUUUGCCAUGAUGAAGAGGAGUCUAUCCACCACAUUCUGGUCUCAUGCCCAGUGGUGAGUCAUUGGUGGUUCGCUCUCAUGGGUUCCUUACGUGUUGAGGCGUAUGGCUCGGUGCAAGGUAUUUUGCAAUAUUGUUUUGAUAUUAAUGAUGCAGAUAUGGCAGCAAGGUUGGUUUUUCAGGGCAUUACACCUUUGUUGGACGACCUGGCUUCCCGGUUGCAGAUGAUUCAUGCGCCCCCAAGCAUUUUCAUUGCUCCUACGGGUCGUGACUUUGCAGCAGUGUGGAGAAGGCCUCAACCGAACAUGAUCAAGCUCAAUUUUGAUGGCUCUUGGAAGACUGACCGUGCGGCGGGCUUCGGUUGUGUAGCGCGGAACCACCACGGUGAGGUUAUGGCGACAACAACGGUCUCUCUGGUGGAUGCUUCAUCUCCAUUGAUGGCUGAAGUUCUUGCUUUUAGAUGGCGUCUCUCUCUUGCAGUAGAUCUUUUCUUCCAUGAUAUUGAGGUGGAAAUAGAGUGUCUCCAACUCUUUGAAGCUUGGAACAAGUCUUUGUAG